AUGGCCCCCGGCGCCGCCCUGGCCCUGCGCUUGGCCUUGGCCCUCAGCCUGUCGGGGCUUGGGGCCGCCAGCCGCCACUGCCCCGACCUGCCCCUGGACGGCUGCUUGUGCACGGCCGAGCGCGCCCAGGGACCCGGGCGGCCCAAGCUGCGCAUCCGAGUGGCCUGUUCCGGAGGAGACCUGGUAGCCACGCCACAGCCCGAGCUGCUGCCCCGCCGGACCGUCAGCCUGAUCCUGACCAACAACAAGAUCUUGGGAGUGAAGAGUGGGGCCUUCAUGGGUUUGCCAUCUCUGGAGAGACUGGACCUGAAGAACAAUCUGAUCAGUGUGGUGGAGCCCAGGGCCUUUUUUGGUCUGCCUCAGCUCAGGCGUCUGGAUCUCUCGAAUAACCGGAUUGGCUGCUUGACCCCUCAGGUGUUUGCUGGACUCAGUAGUCUCCACAAACUGAAUUUAUCAGGGAAUAUUUUCUCCAGUCUAAUGUAUGGGCUGUUUUCUGAGCUCUUCACUCUGAAAGUUCUACACUUCGGCACGGACUCGCUCAUCUGUGACUGUCAUCUGAGGUGGGUCUCAGAAUGGGCCAAAAAUGCGUCAGUGAGACUAGCAGAGGAGACGGCGUGUGCGUACCCAGCAGCUCUGCGAGGCCAGCCUCUGCACAGCCUUCGAGAGGACCAGCUGACGUGUGCCGGGCCGCUGGAACUGCCGCUGUUUCAGCUGAUUCCAUCACAGAGCCAAGUGGUCUUCCAUGGGGACCACCUGCCAUUCCAGUGUACCGCCACCCUGGUUGACAACACAACGCAGGCUCAUUGGUACCACAAUGGCCGAUUGAUUGAAACGGAUGAAGCCCGGGGCAUGUUUGUGAAGGAGAGCGUCAUCCAUGACUGCAGCCUGAUCACCCGGGAGCUCACCCUCUCCAGCAUUGGCACCGAGGCUGCAGGAUCCUGGGAGUGUCGGGUCAGCAAUACCUAUGGCAAUAAGACCAAAGGGGUGGAGAUCACAGUGUUGGAGACCAUGGCUCCCUAUUGUCCCGCAGAAAGGAUCCGGACGCAGAAGGGUGACUUCAGGUGGCCCAGAACCUUGGCUGGGAUGACAGCUUCCCGCCCCUGCCUUCCCUUUUCACUGAGCCUGGUGUCCCUCAGCAGCGGCCCCGAGGAGCCCAGGGCUUGGCGCAAGUGCGGCCAGGCGGGCCGCUGGGAUGAAGCCGACUUCUCCGAGUGCCCUCCUUCCCAAGUGGUCACCCAGGUGCUCUUGGCCUUUGCUAUGAUGCACACCAAUGCCACUAAUGCAGGAGCAUUCUCCCUCCAACUGGCCGCCUACACAGCAGGUGCUUCCACCUUUGCUGGGAAGACAGAUGUCAUCCACCUGGCCCAGAUGAUGGACAAGUUACUGGCCUUUGUGGACGAAGUCAAAGAACUCGGAGAUGCUCUGGUCCAAAUCGCGAGCAACCUCAUGCUGGUCGAUGAGCACGUGCUGUGGGUGGCGCAGAAGGAGGACAAAGCCUGCACGAAGAUCCUGCGGUGCAUUGAGCACAUGGCUGACCGGGCUCUAAGUGUUGGCGUGCAGGCACUAUCCAAGGUCUCUCCUAACAUAGCGCUGGAAGCCUUGGUCAUCAAGCAUUCGAGCUUCAGAGCAAUGAGCUGCAUAGUCUUCCAGAAAACUCCUGGGGAGGGGAGCCUCUAUCCUGAAGAAGCCUUGCAUUUUCAAUGUGACACUUCCGGAGCAUUAUGGGAACAAUGGGCGAAUCUUCCUGCCAAGAACGCCGCCUCGGCCGACGGCGUCACUGUGGUCGCCUCAGUCCAUCUGCCCCGGCCGGCCCCCUUCGCCGGAGCCCCCGCCCGGCAAUCUGUUGAUAACUCCACCUGCAAGCUGAAAUUGAUCGUCUUUCGCAAUGGGAAACUCUUCCCCAGCAGCAGCUCGAGUAACUGGUCCAGCCUUGAGGCUGCUGGGAAGCAGAGGUCGGUGGCCACUCCAGUUGUCUUUGCGCAAAUAGAUGGGUGCAACCUCAGCAACCUGAGUGCUCCAGUCAUCGUCGGCCUGAGGCCCUGGGCACCAGGGCUGGCCCCCGUGGCAGCCGUUUGGGAUUUUGACCUUCUCGCCGGACAUGGAGGCUGGCGAGGAGACCGGUGCAACUUAGUCGGCUCAGCGGGAGACCUCCUCACCCUUCAGUGCCCGCACUGGGGACACUUCGCAGUGCUCAUGGAUCUGAAGACGGUCCUCUCCCUGCCCGAGGACCCAGGGGAGUUCCUGCACCCCGUGGUGUACGCGUGCACCGCCGUCAUGUUAUUGUGCCUCUUUGCCUCCAUUCUCACCUACAUCGUGCACCACAGCACAAUCCGCAUCAGCCGAAAGGGGUGGCACAUGCUUCUCAAUUUCUCCUUCCACACGGCCCUUACCUUUGCUGUCUUUGCUGGGGGCAUCAAUCGGACCCAGUACCCCAUCGUCUGCCAAGCUGUUGGUAUCACACUCCACUACUCCACCCUCUCCACGAUGCUCUGGAUUGGUGUGACUGCCAGAAACAUCUAUAAGCAGGUGACGAAGAAGGUGCCCCAGGGCCCAGGGGGAGAGCAGCCUCCAUACCCCAAACAGCCGCUACUCAGAUUUUACCUGAUUAGUGGAGGUGUCCCUCUGAUUAUCUGCGGAAUUACAGCUGCAACCAACAUACAAAAUUACGGGCCAGAGAGUGACGGUGCGCCAUACUGUUGGAUGGCAUGGGAGCCAAGCCUGGGGGCCUUUUAUGGGCCCGUGGCUUUCAUCGUGCUGGUGACCUGUGUUUAUUUUCUCUGCACCUAUGUCCAGCUGAGGCGCCACCCAGAGCGCAAAUAUGAGCUCAAGGAAAGGAGAGAAGAGCCUCAGCGCCUGGCAGUAUCAGAGGCCGGCCAUGGGCACCUCGGAGAGCCUGGAGCCGGCCCCCCUGCCACGGGCUCCAUCAUCUCUGCCUCCCUCCUGGAGAAUGAGCAUUCUUUCAAGGCUCAGCUGAGGGCGGCCGCCUUCACCCUCUUCCUCUUCCUGGCCACCUGGGCCUUCGGAGCCCUGGCAGUGUCCCAGGACCCCUUCUUGGACAUGAUAUUCAGCUGCCUCUACGGAGCCUUCUGUGUGACCUUGGGGCUCUUCAUUCUGAUUCACCACUGUGCAAAACGAGACGACGUGUGGCACUGCUGGUGGUCCUGCUGCCCCUCCCGAAAAAACACCUACUCGGUGCAGGUCAACGCCCGGCCCGAGGUGAACGCCAACGGGGAUGCCCAGAUCCACGCGCCCUGUCUCCAGGACUCCCCGUGUCUGAGCAAAGCCGGAGGCUUCGGUCACGCCCCGGUCGGCCACUGCAAGCUGACCAACCUACACGCGGCGCAGAACCACGUCACCUGCCUGGCCCCAGUCACCCCCUGCUGCGCCAAAAUGCACUGCGAGCAGCUGAUGGAGGACGAGACCCACAUGCACGUUCACAGGGAGGGCGCCUUCAGGCCCAGCGCACACCUUCCCAGGUGUGUGAAGAGCAGAAGCAAGCCGCGCUACUUCAGCCGGCACCGGGCAGCCACGGCGGACAGAGAAUACGCCUACCACAUCCCGUCCAGCCUGGACGGCGGCAGCAUCCGCAGCUCCCCCACGGACAGUCCCCACAGUGCACACGAGGGCCAGCCGGGGCACCGCCACUCCUGCUGUGGCCAGGGCGACCCCUUCCCCACCAUCACCCAGCCCGAAAGCAGCGACGCCAGCACCGUCAUCUGCAGCUGUGCCCAGAUGUCCGAGGGGGAGUUAAUGCCCCACGCAGCUCACUUCGAAAUGCACCCUCGGACACAGGUGUUGCCGUGUAACACAGCCAGCCACAACGGGCUGCCCACGGGGAACCUGGAGGAAGCCAUCGUGUACGGCUCCGAUAGCACGGGAAACAUCAAAACAGGCCCGUGGAGGAAUGAAACGACUGUGUGAUGCGCGGGGCAGACAGGCAGGGUUGGGGAGGGGGGGUCUGGUCCCCACGGAUCACAGCUUCGUCUGGUGGGCAGCACCCUCUUCUCGCGGCUGCACUGGGCUCUUUCUGACCACAUUCUUGAGAAGGGAAAGAGCGGGAGAAGUGGGGGCAGUGGGCAGCGGCCGGCGACGGAGCUGCAAGAGAAGGGGACCAGGAGUCUUGGAAGACCCGGCCGGGAGGAGGGAUUCCGAGAGGCCACACGCCCUCCCGGGAGCCGGGUCUGUGCUUCGUCCUUCCCCCCUUACACUCACCGGGGAGGCGUGUCCUCUCCAUUCCCUCAUUGCCAAGCUAAGUUCCGCCCAUCUUCUCACUCCUUGGCCCCCUCAACCUUGACCUUGAUCCAAAGUGACAAAAAGCCUGGGUUACCUAAUCAUCGGCUCCAUCCGCAAGAGCCCGGGUUCUAGGACUAAGGCUCCAGCUUGGCCCUCAUUGGCCCCUCCACGCCAUGAGGAGAGAAGGGGCCCGUCAAUUCUGUCUAUCGCGCCCAGGGGUCUUUGUGGGCCGUCCCCUGCAUACCACCUCUUGGAUGGCGCCAUUCACUGUUUUCUGGUGUUCGAAGUGUCUUUCACCAAAUGAUGAUGAGUCACUGCCCUAGCAGCCCCUGAAAACCUGUUAGUAUCAGUCCAUUUCGCCUUGUGGAUCCACGAAGUCUGUCCUGUGCUCAUUGUCUCAGUGCCACUAAGCUUUGUUUGAGGUUUUGGAACAGCUCUGAUAAGGACCCACUUUAAUGUCUGUCUGACCUCUUUGAUAAGGACCCACUUUAAUGAACACCCAACUGUCUGUGAGCCUGUGCUGUGUGUCUAGAACAGCUUAAUGUUGCUUGUCCAGUAGACACUUUCGAGCUGCUGGGGGCCCCUGGCCCUUCACUGCAUCUGUUUUGUCAUUCACUCAUUAAGGACCACAGUCAUCCUCUGCUACUGUGUACAAAUAAGUUGGAAUGGCUGAUCACAUGAGCAGUGUAUACCCACUCCAUUCCAUUCAACUUUCAAAGAAUUGGGCUAGAUUUCAGUGAUGAAUUGAUACUAUUUCUAAUAUGGGAAUUCCCUCCUCUGCAGAAUUUCCAGAUCUCUUCUCUCAGACUUAACUGCCUGAAGCCUACCUUGUUGCAGUCAGGGAUCCCUUCCCAAAGACAAGCACUUGGGGAACAUUCUACAAUGGGGGAAUCCUUUAGAGUUCUCUUUCCCACAUUCCCACAAACAUUGGGACAUGAAGCAUUGCCUUCUCAGAGGGUGUGCUUGUGUCCAUGAUAAUCAACCUUCUGGAAAGAGGGGUGGCUUUGCCUAGGGGGGCAAGGCAAGGACCCUGCCUGGGUCAAAGAGGAGGAGCUGCCCAUCGGAGGCCACAGCAACAAGGAAAGAUUAGGGCUCUCACUUCCCCAUCCUUCAGAGCACAUAGCCAGUAAUUCACACACACACACACACACACACACACACACACAGAGCAAGUUAUACUGUUGUUUGGAGACUUGCCCGACACCACUUCCCCCACAGCUUUGCCCUGACAUUACAGUCUGUCUCUGGUCUGUCUUGCAUGCCUGCCUCAUCCAUAUUUGCCGGCAGGUUCUCAUGGGUCCCAGGGCAUAGAUACUCUCACUGUGUCCAUGAAUGGAAUAGCUCUGACGAGAUAAGUUCCUGGCAUCCAUGCUUAGAGAGUGAGAAGCCAUGAAAGCAACCAUCAAGAUGUCCUUCUGUGUUGUAUCCUAGAAGCUUGGUGCAGCCCAUCGUCCAGGCAGCCAGGACUGGACAUGAAGGUUCCCUGCUUUAGACCACUCUGGGCCCCCUAUUGCUGUCUGUUGUUCUGAGGCCAAAGGACCAGGCAACUACUCCACGAGAGUUCCCCACCAGCUGUAUCACAUUGUUUCGUGUUGUUUGCCUGUCACAAUGCUUUGUGUGGUCCUUCCCCUCAUAAGUGUUUCCCUUGCCUCCCAGAACUGGGACAGACCUCAAAUGCCAAGCCCUAAGAAGGACAUGGGACACUGCCCCACACCCCAGGAAGGACUCCAUCCCUUUUGAACCUGUUAUCCACCACAGGGACCAGCCUAUCCCUUCUAUGCAAAGUGACAGCCCAUUACCACCAUCCCUGCCCCCAUUGCCAAGGGUGCCCUUGAGGGGUUGGGGGCUGAAUGGACAUCCUUGACACACAUUCCUGGCCAGUGCUGUGACUUUGGAGAGGGAGAGUGUGGCCAGGACACAUUCUUAACCCAUUUCCCAAGAAGAAGAAGCAGGUGCUACUUUCCCCAGAUGACUGAACCCUGCACAUGGAGAGUGAACAUUCAAUAUCAAAUUGUAUUGUAUUUAAAUAUGGAUUUAGCCUAGAGAAGUCCAUGAUGAAAAGAUGUUAUGAAAUAUUCUGUUUGCAUAUUCUAUUUUCAGAAAAUAAAAGUCUACAAUGUAACUAAGCAGAGCCAGAUGACUUGAUGUGGAGUAACUUAAAAGUCCAGUCUGGGCCCACGGGGGUUUCUCACCAUACUUGGCAUUGUUUCUAUCAUUUAAGGCCAUAAGUAAAGGAUUACUUACAUCACUUGACCCAAGGCUUUUCAGCAACA